CGCGUGUGCUCUAAUCGCCACGGUCUGAUCCGGAAGUACGGGCUCAACAUGUGCCGGCAGUGUUUCCGCCAGUAUGCGAAGGACAUCGGCUUCAUUAAGUUGGACUAAGUGAAUGGACUAUCCAAGACUUCAAGCCCAAUGAAAGACCAUAUUUGUACAUAAAAUAAAAAUUCAAGAAGCCUUCAACUUAUGCUUAACAUGACUAGUUAAUUGGUUAUAGAAGUUUGGUAAAUACUAGUUCUGUUUUUAACUUUU